AUGUCAUCAAAAGGUAUUUGCAGAAAGCGUAGCAAAGAAACAGCCCAAAGUUCUAUGUCAAAAACUCGCACUCCCCUGUCUCCAAUGAUUCCUCAAGCUUUGCCGGACUUAUUCAACGACACGCACUCUUUCGCAGCGACUCCUUCUGCCAGCGGUUUCUCUCGUGGUGCAUAUAUGCACUCAGUCGCCCCAAAUUUCCAGCAGAUUCAUGUCUUACAGGAACAGCUAUCUCUAUACCAAGCCAAACUGAGUGAAACCCAACUCGAGCUAUGUAAGACAAGGACAGAACGUGAUACUAUCAAGGCAUCUUUCGGGGAGCUUAUUGCUGUUCUGCGACUCCCUGAGAGCACCGACCCACUCAAUUUCAGCCUGACAAGCAGCGCUUUGACAGGACACGACAAGGUCCUUCGUCCGUCGAGAGAAUCUCACCCGAAAAUUCGUUUCUGGACUCGAACUGAUUAUGACAAGUAUAUCGAGAAUGCAGAGUCUGGUUCUGGAACUCGGGGUAAAGCCCCUUGGCUUGAGUUGGAAGACGGGGGGCCUGUCACUGUCGAACAACUUAGGGCCAUUCGAAAACUUUUGGCCAAGGAAGAGCUUGUAGAAGAUGACUCGGACCUUGUCAUAUCGGAAUCAAAAUGUACUGUUCGCAACAAAAACGGCAAGCGGCAGCUGUCGGAUGAUAGCGAAAGCCUGGCCCAUCAAGACGGCCGGAAAAACUUCAAAUCAUCUCCACUGCAGUUGACGGUUAUAAAAGAGCUACGAGAUGCACUUCCGAGCCCGAGUCUCCUACUGGAUCAAGAUUCUGAGCCUCGCAGCGCCAACGGCCAUUCCUCUUCACCCAUAAACGAUUCUCUCCCCCUUGAAGAUCAUAUUCUCAACAAACUACCCCGUCCACGCGAUGCAUCCGUCCCGCCGUUCGGAGUGUACUUGCCACAGCCAUCUCGGCAAGAUUCGCCUCCGCCCAGAUCUCCUGCACGCGAGACUGAAUUUUCACCAACUCGUCACACAUCAAUGUCUCACAGUGCGCAAGGUGCCAACAAGGAGAACGACGCCAAUAUUUUCGGGCCUCGUGGAAUCGCCAAGACGAUCCCUGCCCCUGCACAUAGCCCAAUCAAGAAAACAGAUGACGGACCAGCCGCAUUAAAAGUACCAUCAGACAACAAGGCCUCGAAGAAGAAGAUGCGCCCAGGUGUAGCAAAGAAUGCACGAAACUUAUGUGCAUUGCGCUGGUUGAAGCAAGUGAAAACGAGCGGCACGACAGACGAAUUCUGCAUGUAUUGGGCUGCCCUCACACCCGCGCAACAGGACGAAUAUAAGGCUGACGUCGAGCGGUUGCAGAGCGCAGGGACGUGGACCAAAGCUUCUGAUCGUGUCGUCUGCGAAGUAUUGGAUAGUCUGGUAUGGGUGCAUCAGUAA